AUGUCAAGAACGCGAUUGCUUCCGUCGACUACUGAGGCCGCUACGGAGCCAGAUAUUGAAGACCUGAUCGCUCUGAAGGCAACAUCGUGUCCGCCAACGUCCUCUGCCUCUCCACACGAAGUUUCGCGCCAUGAUUUCCAGUCCCUUGAGCUCCAAACAGUUCGCGCGGAGCUGCUCCAGUGGUACGACGUGCACCGUCGAAAGCUUCCGUGGCGAGGGGAUUUGCCGCCGUAUUUGACCACUUCAGUGCACAGUAACGAGGAGAAGAAGAAGACCAGAUCAACUGCGGUGAAGAAGUCAGGGGUACAUGCGUUUUUCAAGGUGCCAGGGCAGAAGGAGGUCAAGAGAGACACGACGAGCGGAGCUACUGGAGCUGUCGACUACAAAGAGAAAGUCGAAGAACCGAGAAAAGUGGCGCCGUACGAGACGUGGGUGUCGGAGAUUAUGCUGCAGCAGACGCGCGUGGACACUGUGGUGGAGUACUUUUUGCGCUGGAUUGACAAGUUCCCUACAGUUGCUGCUCUCGCGGAAGCUCAAGAAGAGGAUGUGAACGCUUUGUGGGCAGGACUGGGGUACUAUCGACGUGCUAGGAUGCUGCAUGCUGGUGCAAAGUACGUGGUAGAGAAGUGUGGUGGAGAGCUACCGUCUUCAGUUGACCAAUUGCUCCUGAUACCCGGCAUCGGACCAUAUACGGCAGGAGCUAUUGCUUCCAUCGCCUUUGGAAUUCGUGAGCCGCUAGUCGACGGCAAUGUGAUUCGCGUGGUGGCUCGAAUGCGGGCUGUGGGAGCAGACCCGAAGAAUAAACAGCUGAUCAAGUUUUCGUGGAGGACAGCGAGCGAGCUCGUACGUGAAUGUGAUCGUCCUGGAGCGUUAAACCAGGCGUUGAUGGAGCUCGGGGCUACUAUGUGCACGGUCCAGAACCCUCAAUGUUCAGACUGUCCUGUGAAGUCGGUGUGCCUCGCAUACGAAGAGAAACAUGUUGCCACGCCCAAGAGCAAAAGACUCGCUACCUCCCAUGUGCCUGUCGAGUCGAGCAGUGCAUGCACUAUUUGUGACUUUGUGCGUUCUUUGGAGUGGAACGAAAGUCAAACUGAGGUCACCAAGUAUCCACUGAAGGCAAAGAAGAAUGACUCGAGACAGGAGAUCAUCUGCGUUGCAGUGGUUUCGUCGCCAUCCGACAAGUCAGCAACGUCUGGAAAAGGGAGUUCAACGACAAGGCGCAAUACGGAGUCCAAGUCUUCUUGUUCGUCUACCUGGAAGUUCCUGAUGUCGAAACGACCCGAGGGUGGUCUAUUGGCUGGACAAUGGGAGUUCCUUCAUAGCAAGAUAAGCGACGGCGACACGAUUCCUCCAUUCUCCAAACGGAAGGCGUUCAUGGACACGCGACUGUCGGAAGUGCUCGAGCAGUCUGCACUCUCUCGCUCCAGCAACUUGCUCGUUGAUCGACGCAAUGUCGGAGAACUGACGCACGUUUUCUCGCAUGUGAAGCACCACAUGGGCAUUGAGCACUUGCACUUCAAGCAGGAGCCCGAGCUAUUAUCCACAGCCAAGUCGGACGACAUUCGUUGGAUGACCGUCACGGAGAUGCAACAAUUGGGCAUCACAACGGGCGUCAAGAAGAUCUUGAAGCUCGUUUUGCAUCCUGACAAAGCUGCGAGUCCGAGUGCGACCAAGAAAGUCAAGUCGAAAGCUCCGUCAAGUUUGACACGCCACAUGUCACACGUCGCCGAUGGUCGCAAACGUCUAAAAAGCAUUGCGUGUUUUUUUCAAAACUGA